AAUCUCCAAAGGUCGGUGGGAGGCGAAAAACCAUGGCUUGCCCAAGGACGCGGAGAUGAGGUCUUCAAUACUAUGCCCCCUUCCGGUUCCGGGAGAAAAUAAAAGGCCCGGGGAGUCCGGUACGGACGAGCCCCAAAGGAAGAUUAAGCGGACAAAAAGGGCCGCCCGCAAACUAAAAAGCCAAAUCGUCUUGUCCUCCGAGGAGGAGGACGACAAAGAGGAUGACGAUGAGGAGCAGCCGGAGCUCGUCCGCCAUCGAUCCAUUCGACCGGACCCCGAGCCGGUGGUCGAUCCAGCUGAGGCUCCUCCCGAGGACGUGAGGGUUGAGGAUGCUAGUGAACCCUCGGCCCCUGCGCGGGCGUCCCCGGGUACCGAUCACCCGGUUACGUCCCCCCCGUCUUCCUCGACUUGGGGGCAGCUGCCGGACGACAUCCCGAUGAUGGGAGGUAGCUUCGAGACCUUUUUUGAUGGGGUACCCUCCGCCAACACUUUCGGGCUCGAAAUCCCCCGGAAAGACCCCCAGGCCGAAUCAAGUGGGACUUCGGCCGUCGACAAGCUUGUCGAUAGGUUUCCAGCUCCGAGACCCUGGAAUCCGGAUAACAAUUGA